AUGCAAGCUGUUCCACUUUUCCCAUUUGUAGCAGGAUACGCUGUUGGUAUCCUACAUGAGUGGUUUGGGGUCUCAUUAUAUUAUAGUGCUAUAUUGGGAUUCAGCUUCGUUUCACUACAGUUACAAUUCCUGUUGAUGACCUUCAUUCGGAAGCAUCAAGCCAUUGCAAUCAUAUUAAAAACACAUGUUCUACCUAACUAUCUAUUUCUCGCACAUUAUCUUCUUUGCCUAAUUACUCCUUCACUUAUUACUCUUGGUAUCAAUAUUGUUCACAUAGAGAAAGAACAGAAAUUGAGAUAUAUUGCGGAGAUAAUGGCAUUCAUUCCAGAUAGAAUCCCUGAUGAUGAGCUUGAUUUAGAAACAUCAAGCCAUUGCAAUCAUAUUAAAGACAAUUACAAUGUGAUGCAUUUAAGGAAAAAUAGCUAA